AUCACCAACAGUAAAUCUGGCAAGGUGUACGUGUUGGAUCAUUUACAUUUACUUCCGGGGCUUUUGUAAACAUGGCGUUCAAGCUAACCGGCUUCUUUGCUCUGCUUUCAUUAUGUGUUGCCACUCUGCCAGGCAAAAGAACUCUUGUCCUAGUUGAUAAUUGGUCAAUUCGAGAGACACAUUCUGUGUUUUUCAGAUCGCUUAGAGGUUUGUUGAAUCUUAAUUUUAAAUCUGUCAUCUUCCAAAGAAGUAAAUCUAUUAACACAAUUCAGUAACUUCUGUCCAAGAAGACACGUCAUCAGUCUGAUAUUUUCUUGGCCGACACCAUUUCAGACCUGUUUACCGUGCCGUAGUAAUUACGUUAAGAAGACUUCUGCACUACGACGAAGCUCCCCCCGCCCCAGCCAGUAGAUCAGUAGUCUAAACUACUCUUUUUUUUUUUUAGCUUGAAACUACAUUUUUGAGAACUGAAAGCUACCCGACACUAAGUUAUGAGUUCCACUAAGUUCGGCUAAAAUUAAGGACGGAUGCCACGGCGUCUUUUGACACUUUUGUGUGUUUAUUAUAGUUGCAGUGAAUUAGGUUUUAGGUUAGGUUGAGGGAUCAAUUUAGGGUUCAGGUUAGGCACAGGGAUAGAUUUAGGGUUCAGGUUAGGCAUAGGGAUCUUUUUAGGGUUUUUUGUAUGAAAAUAAAAUCAGAAAACGAACAAAAAAUCAAUAUUUUACUAAACAUUCCUUAUGUUUAUGAGUACUAAUACAUAAAAAAAUAAUUCUUUAAAAUAAACAAAGAGAAGUGACUCCUACACGGCAACUGAAAUAAUCAUGUAAAUGACGUCAUGGCACCAAUACUCAGCAUUGACCAAAAGUAGUAAUUAUAAUAUUUGAUUGUGCGGGUGGCUUGAGACUUGCAAGAUCGCACAGGAACGUCAUACCUAUACACAUUUUCUUUGGUAUGAUUAGAAAUUAGAAAGUACAGUACUUUGCCGAUCACUGUUCUGUAGUUUUUAAGUGACCUCAGUAAAUAUAAUUAAUUUCUCUUUUUGUCGUAAUGAAAGCAUUGGAAAUUGAUAGAUCCUGUCAAUGACGUUGAGUAGGCAUGCUAAUGUAUCAAUAGCAGCGGUGCUCAACUUGGGGGUCGAAGGACCCUUUCACAGGGGUCUUCUAAGACGAUGUGAAAAUACAUAUACUCCACAGUUAUGAAGAAUCAACAAAAAUAAUUUUUUUGUUGGGGGUUGCCACAACAUGAGGAACUGUAUUAAAGGAUCGCAACUUUAGAAAGGUUGAGAACCACUGAUCAAUAGAAAAAAGACUUUUUUUAUGCUUAAGGUGACACAGCAAACAUGAUUUUAAGUUUAAAUAGUGAAAUACGUUUUUUAUAAGAAACAUCAAUUUAAUUUCGGACCCAAUAUACAUUAUAGUUUAUCCAUUUUAAGAUUAAAAACUAGCUAGUUAUAUGUUAAAAAUUCUUGCCCUGGAAAUAAAUAUUCAAGCCUAAAACAUUUCACCAGUAUUCGAAAAUAGAAACUCUGCCAUUUUUAUAAAUAGACACCUUGAAAGUGGCUCUUGAGCACUUUCAAUAUUAAUGAUAUUAUAUACAAAAGUACUUAAAUAUUUUUACCAUAAAACAAUGCUUCCCAUGAAAAAAAAAUACUGUCAUUUGACAACUUAAAUUGAUUUUUCAACUCUAGCACAUGAAUAAUUAAAGCUUUUCCUGAACAAUGGUGAAUGUUUACACACACUGGUCUUCAAAGUUAUGAAUGAAACUGAGAAUAAUGCUAUAGUUAUAUACUAGUGACUGUGAAUAGUUGUCCAUGACAACAUGUGCACAUGGAAAAUUAUGAUAAUUUAUAAUAUAGACUCUUCCAUUGUUGUUUAAAUGCCUUCUUAGUUAAUAAUAAAACAUACAUUAUCAAAUUACUGUGUUGUGAAUGGUCACUAAAAGUUGUAAUGAUUGAAUAAUUUAUGUGCAGCUUGGUGAGCCCAGCCCUAGGCUGGGGUACCACGCUAUACAAGACCACUGUAAUAAAAAUAAUAUUUUGAUUAUUGGAGACUGCCUCCAUUGCAAAAGGUGCAUUGGUCAUGUCCAUAUUGUUUUUAAGAAUUGUGACUCCACCCCUUUCAUGCAUUUCCUGCCAAGGAGAUGUGUUUUGGGGCCAAGUCCAAGCUGUGCCAAAAUAUAGUCUUCAUCCCUUGUCUUUACCUGCAUUUGUUGUUGGUUGUCAGACGAAUUUGUUAAGUCACCUGCAAAGUCAAUAGCAAGGCUAUGGUAUAAGGCAUCCUUGUCUGACUCAUAUUUCCAUUGAAAGGCAUCUGAGUCUACCUCCAUGUACCCUCUGUGGCCCCUAAACAAAGUGGUAGUAUUUUAUGUGAUGAAUCAGACAUUUAUGUGGAUUAAGUAUUAAUUUUUUCUGUAAUGAGAUUAACUUCCCUGUUAAUUACAGAUCUUAGAAUCUAAAUUAAAAUAACUUACAUUCCUAUAUAAAAAAAUGCUUAUCUUUUAUUAUAAUCACACAAAUUUAAAAAUAACAUACGAACAGCAUUUGCUAAUACCCAAAGGCCAUUUAGCAAAAAAAUAUGAACUGUCAGAUUACAGAUUAUCUGCCAAUUAGUCAGUGCCUAUCAAUGUACAAAAUGAAUAAUUUUAUGAUUUAUCUUAUUCUGUUGAAUACAGGUGGUUGCUUUCCUCUUUUCACUUUGUUUUGUUAUGGUAGAAACUUGUUUUCCCCAGAUAUUGGGUAUGACUUGACCUUUAAAACUGCUGAUGAUGCCACCCUGGCUUUGGUCAAAUAUGGUGAAUUUCUCUAUGACAACCUGGUCUUGUUUUCUCCUUCGGUUGAAGGUAAGGAUUGAAAUGAUAAAAGUAAUUUGUGUACACAUAAAAUUUAAUAAAAUCCUAGUUCUCUCUCUUUUACAAUUUGAACCACCUGUUAUUUUAAAUUGACCCAAAAACAUAUGUCUCACAUUAUUUAAAACAUCUACAAUUAAUAUUAUGAUGGAAUUUAAGCAACAUCAGAUUGAUCAAACCUUUUUUCAAUAUUUUUUAAUGCCAAUGGGUCAACUUUCUUUCGUCAAUAAUACAAUGAAAAUGAAAUAUAUGUUUUCUGUCUAAGAUUUUUCUGUUUAUUUCAUUUAUAUUAUUAACUACCAUUUUUCCUGGCAGAAUUUGGAGGGUCUAUUGAUGUCUCAGCUAUUACCAACUUCAUAGAUGGCGGUGGAAAUGUUCUGAUUGCUGCCAGCUCAUCUAUUGGUAUGAUAUAUUAAUAUCUUGUGAAACAUUCCCCCUACUUUUAAUGUCAAUUAUAAUUUUAAAGAAAGUAUUAAUGGUUGAUAAUUUUUAUCUUUGACAAUUGAAGCUAAUGUUUGCUUUAGGGUUUUGCAUUACGAAGUGGCUAUUCAUACCCGGGUACCAGAAGUGAGAGGUUGGGAAUAAAAAGAUAUUUAAAAUUUUAUUGUUGGGUUUGUAGGACAAAAUUAGGUAUCAAGUGAAAGAUAAUUGAAUGGACAAUAUGUUUGUAAACUUAAUUCUUCAGUUUAACUAAAAUAAACUACCACAAAUGAUAUCCGAAUAGCACUGAGUCAAAAUGGACCCAGACACGCAGUGCCUUCAUUCACACCCGUGUGCCAUUAGACUCAAGCUAUUCGGAUGUCAUUUGUGGUAGUUUAUUUUAGUUAAACUGAAGAAGUAAGUUUACAAAAAUAUAGUCCAUUCAAUUAUCUUUCAUUUGAUACCUCAUUUUGUCUUACAAACCUAACAAAAUUUUAAAUAGUUUUUUAAUCCCACCUCUCACUUCUGGUACCCGGGUACGAAUAGUCGUAGCCUUUGCAUUAUUGUUGAUUGAUUACAUAAUUGCUUUAUAUAUUUAAAUAUCAUGAUUUUAGUGGAGAAAAAAUUUAAUUUCCAGGUGACCCCAUGAGAGAAAUCGCCACUGAAUGUGGGGUUGAGUUUGAUGAAGAAAAUAGUGCUGUUAUUGAUCAUCUUAACUAUGAUGUCAAAGAUGAAGGCAAGGUAAAAAAAAAAAAAGAGGUUUUUUGUUAGGGCCAGGGGGUUUGCAUUUUUUUUUAGAGUGGGGAGUACUUUUUUUAAAUUUUAUCUGCUUAGAGCACUUUAAGGAGCUGUAAGAUGGGGAGGAUGUUGAAAUGUUGAUAUAGGUUAGCAAAAAUAAAAAAGAGAGCCUUCAAUACAUUCAAAGAGUCACAUGCAGCUCCUGUGCAGCCGGUUGCCUACCACUGUGUUAGGUGUAGAAAAUUAUAUGUGACGCCAAUUAUAACAAAUAGCUCCGCUUUAUGUAACUGUCAAAGAAGUAGACUGGUGAGGUUUGUGUUUAUAUUCUUGUUAAUUUCUGUGUUAAGCUUAUCUCCUGUAUAUUUUUAUGUUCUAUUUUCAUCACAGCACACUUUGAUUGUUGCUGACCCAGAAAACUUAAUGAAAGCCUCAAUGAUCGUGGGCGAUAAGAACACAUCACCAUUUCUUUUCAGGGGUGUAGGGUAGGUUUUUUAAUAACAUUUUUAUACCCAGUACUCUUUUAAAAUUCUUUAAAGUUAUCUUUUUGGGGUUUCUAUUUAUAGUUUCAAUUUCCUAAAUAGUUGCCUAUAUUAAAAAUAUAAUGGAUAUAAUGAAAAUGGUUUAACUUGUUUUACAAUGAAGAAAAUUAUAUACUUUUUUUUUCUAUGGUGUUGUUUCUUUUGUCAGCAUGGUGAGUGACCCAGACAAUCCUCUAGUCUUAAGUUUACUCAGAGCCUCAUCUACAGCAUAUUCCUACAAGCCUAAUGAGAAAAUUGAUGAGGUGAGUUUUUUUUGUGGUGAGAUUUGUAUUUGAUUAGCUCAAUCUAAAUAAGACAAGCGACCACAAAUCUAUAAGAAAACAAAUUAUUGUUCACAAUGGCACUGUUUUUUUGGGGGGGGGUUUUUUGUCUCGUAAAAAAUAAAGGGAUUAACAUUUUAUGUGUGGUCUAUGUAGUGAUGCAUUUUUAAAAAGAAAGGUCACGAUUUUAAACUAUAUGUGCUAAAUUCAACUAUUCAUGCAACUGAUCUAAAGGUACCACUACUAAACAGGUACUACCUGCUUUUGUAAUAACUGUCUUUGUCUUGCUACUUUACUAUAAUUGAAGUGCUGCAGAGACUGAAAAAAAGGAUUUUACUUUUAUUUUCAGUUCCCCAUGGCUGUGGGUAGCAGCACCCUCCUUGUGGCAGCCCUACAAGCUCGCAACAACGCUCGUGUUGUCUUUGUUGGUUCCUUGGACUUCUUCAGUGAUGAGUUCUUCCAAGCCAGUGUUCAAAAGGCCAAUGGUGGAAAGAAGUAAGUUAUGCUAUUUACAAGUCAUAUACUGUAUGUAAGUUUCAACAAUAACUUCAUGACAAGAGAACCAUAAAAUCUGAUGUUUUUUAAAAUAAGUAAAAAUGAAUUAACUCUUUACAACUGUAUUUAAAAAAUUGAAGGAAUAAAAGGAGUUAUUCUGAAACAGAUUUGACAAGUCUGGCAAUGAAGCUUUGGCCCUCAGCCUGGCUCGUUGGGCUUUCAAGAACAAAGGUGUUCUUAGAGUUGGCAAAGUGGCUCACCACCUGAAAGGAGAAAAGGAGCCACCCCAGGCAUACACUGUGAUGCAGCAAGUGGUAAGUUUUAUUUAAGAUUCCGUUGAGGGUUAAAAAAAAGCAGGAUAUAGCAGACAUGUAUUAUUUAGUUUUUUUUUUUUUUUUGAAGGUUUAUUUCUGGUGGCUUUCUCAUUUUUUGUAUGUGCUGAUCACAUAGUUAUAAAUUGCCUGUUUGAGCCAAGAUAGAUUCAGGCGGCUAUUUGAGGGACCAUUGGUUUUUGCUAGAAUAUAAAUAGUUGAAUAGUGCUGAAAGUGCUUAGAUAACAUUUACGUAUGAUUCAUCGAUAACCACAUUUAAUGUAACAAUGUAGCUUCCACCAGUUGUGGCUUCCAAAAAAAGAACAAGUAUUUUAUUGAAAUUUAAUCAUUGAACAGUGAUGUAUAAUCUGUUGUAUUGACGCAGAAAUGUAAAAGGAUUAAGUUUUACUUCCACUUUAAAUUUAAAAGCGAAAAAUAGCAGUUUAUUUAUAGUUGAUGCCAACAGUUAACCAUGGUGAUGGCAGCAGUGAACUUGUGAAAAUGUGUUGUUUAUUGUGUUGUUUAACUGAGGUUUAAUCAAUGUCAAGGUUAUUCACAAUUAAAUCAUGAUUUUUUAACUCAUUCAUUGGAGUGUCAUGAAGCUGCAUGCUGUUGUGUAUCACUGUUACCUAUCACUUGUCACAAAUUUGAUCACGCUGACUAUUAUUAUUAUUAUCAUCAUUUAAAGCCAUUUUUUAAAACUUUCAGGACUACUCUAUUGUGAUUGAGGAGCUUAAUAAUGACAAGUGGACCCCCUUCAAAGCAGAUGACGUCCAGUUGGAGUUUGUCAGAAUUGAUCCUUUUGUUCGCACAACUUUGACUCCUAAAGGUAUUUAAGGUUAUUAACUCAUUUGUGACAACGGUGCUACUUUCGUACUUAAUUUAAAUUCAGAGAAAGGGAAGUAACUCUGUUUUACUAUUGAUUUACAUUUGUAAAAUAUUUCUUUAAGCUUCUAAAUAUUAAUUUAUAUUCAUGAAUUAAGGAAGAAUGCAUCCACCAAUGAAUAAGGUUUAAUAAAAAAAAUAUAACAUUAACCGCCUAGAUAAAAACUUUCGGUUUUUAAAUUGAAAUCAUGCAUUUACUGAAAUUCUCAAGGGGCGAAAGAUGUCGUUGCUAUUUUAAAAUAAAUAUGUGGCCAAUAUGCCCCUCUCCAUGGUGUCACGGCCGACUUAAAGAGCAGCUAGCAAAAUCGCCAGCGAAAAUGUGAAUGAUUUAAUAUAUAUUGAUUAAGGGGAAAAUCACUAAUUAUAAAUGAAUGUGAUUCUUAUUUCCAUAACUAUCUUUAUGUUAACAUGCUUUUAUAAGGGAUUUUUUGUGUUUAAUCGGGUGUGAAAUUUUCUCACAAACAUUUUACAAUCAUAAUAUCUCAUGCCAGCUAGGGUCCACUAUUAGUUUGCAAAAUCUACACAGAAUUUCUUUAUUGGGAUUAUUUCAAAAUGUAUUAAAAUGAAAGCAUUGCUUUCAGAGAUAUUCCACGUGCUAAUAAUGACAUCAUUAGCUUUAGCCGUGAUGGUGACACAAGAUUCAGAUAUUGACAUGUUUAUCCCUAAGCUUAGUUAAAUUUUUACAGACCAAUUCGUUAGUUAGAGGGUGGAAAUCAAACAGAAAAAGACAAAGAUUAGGCCCCAAAGACUUACCCCAAAGUCCUUUGUUUGUUUUUGUUAUGAAGUAUUAAUUAAUAAAAAUAAACAGUUUUAAUAACUUCAAUUGAAAACUGAUUUUUGAAAUCAUUUUGUGCCCUCUCCCUUGUAUUUUGUAUGACAAAAAGUAUCUCUAGGGCUCAAAAACUUAUUUUAUGAUAAUGAUAGUUUGGUCAAUUUAUGGAGUAUUAUAUUCCAGUUUGGGCCGAAUUUAGAUGUUGAGAACUAAAAUUUUAUUCACUCUGUAAAGGUCAAGGUCAAUAUCAACAUAAGGCGAAAACAUUUUUUUUCAUACCAUAAGACACCUUGAACAAUGUACUUUCAGAACAUAUAUACUGGUAAGGGUCUCUGAAUACAUUUGGUGUGGGAUUAUGUCAUUUUUGACAAGCAUGUGAAAAUGCUACAGUAAAAGAGUCAAGUGUGUAACCUUUACAAUGUUUCAUGGCUUUAAUUAUGUUUAUUAGUUUUUGUCAUUGCUUUAAUUUGUUUUUCCAACAGAUGGUAUCUUCAGAACAAGCUUCAAACUGCCGGAUGUGUAUGGUGUGUAUCAGUUCAAAGUAGAUUACAACAGAGUUGGCUUCACACGUCUCUACAGUGCUACUCAGGUUAGUGCCGUACCAGUUGAGAUACCGGUACCACUAGUUUAUUACUGUCUUUCCAGUUAAAAUACCACUAAUUUAUGACUGUCUUUCCAGUUAAAAUAACACUAGUUUAUGACUGUCUUUCCAGUUAAUAUAACACUAGUUUAUGACUGUCUUUCCAGUUAAUAUUCUGUCUAUUUAUUUUAACAGGUUAUAGUUGAUCCUGAUUUUAAAAAAAAACAAAAAAACAAACUAUUCAAUUCAUUUUAAAAAAUUAUAAUAAUUCAAAAACAUGCUGUACCAAUAUUUUAUAAUUAAGUACAAAAUACAUUGUCAAUAUUUUCAAACCUUGCUGGUUUUCAAUAAGUUUGAACCUUGACCAGUUUUUAGUAUUAUUUUAAAUAUCAUGUGACACAUAAUAAUAUUUAAAUGUGUUAUUUUACUUGGAAUGAAUUUUUAAAUGGCUUCUUUAUUCAAUGAAGCUAUGAUGGUCAGGCAUGAAUGUUUUUUUUUCUGUCUCUCUCCAGGUUUCAGUGCGUCCCCUUGAGCAUACACAGUAUGAAAGGUUUAUACUCUCAGCAUAUCCCUACUACGCCAGUGCCUUUUCUAUGAUGGCGGGAGUCUUCUUACUUAGUCUUGUCUUUUUACAUUAUAAGGAAGAUAUUAAAGAUAAGAAAGAGUAGCACAUGUGCUAUCAGUUGCAUUUUUUAAAAAUUAUCAGUCUGUUUGAAUGUUGUUUUAUUGAGAUGAGUAAAAGAAAGGAGCAUUUCUUAGUGCUAUAAUUUUAAAUUGAAACAUUUCCAUUUAUUGUUUUUUUUUUUUUGUGUGUGUUUCAAAGUAGUAGCAUCCAUUUCAGUCCUUUCAUUGGUUAUGAUAUUUGUGAAUGCUAUACUUUUAAUUUUAAUAAAGUUAUUAAAUUAAACCGUUCAUGGUCGCUUUGAUUGUGUUAAACCAUUAGACUUGCGCUUUCCACAUCAUACCCAGUUAAACCUAUAAAGUUUGCCAUAUUAACUUCUGGUUCUAGCUGUGACAAUGUCAUUUAAAUUUUACACAAUUUACUAUAAC